AAGAGCAAGAGCAAGAGCAAAAAUGACUACGGAGUUGAGAGUCGAAACCUUCCACACAGAAGCCAUUAAACCUUCUUCACCAACUCCAAUUAACCUGAAAACUUUCAAGCUAUCACUUCUUGAUCAGAUGACUCCUGUGACUUACAUACCCUUAAUCUUCUGGUACCGCGCAGAGGCUGCUUCUAAUGACAAAUUUUCCGAAACUCAAGAAAGAUCCCGGCGGCUUAAGAAAUCGUUAUCCGAAACGCUAACUCGCUUCUACCCUUUUGCAGGGAGGAUAAGCAAUAGCUUAAUCGAAUGUAACGAUGAAGGGGUUGAUUACAUCGAAGCUCGAGUUAACUGUCUUCUCCAGGACAUCCUCAAAAAACCAGAUGGCCAGGUGCUGACGAAAUUUCUUCCUAUUAAAACAGAAUCAACUGAAGCAGCAACAGGUCGCAUAUUACUUGUUAAAGUCAACUUCUUUCAGUGCGGUGGCAUGGCGAUUGGCGUAAGCAUUUCACACAAGAUCGCUGAUUUAUGCACCUUAGGCAAAUUUGUCAACAGUUGGGCUGCCACCACUCGGGGUUCAAGCGAGGUGGUGUUUCCAGAAUUUGGCUGUGCUGCAUCGUUUUUACCACCUACAGAUUUAUCAUUCACAAUGCCUGCCAUGGAAUUCAACCAUCAAAGGGCUGCUAUGAGGAGGUUAGUGUUUGAUGCUUCAAAGAUUUCAAUGCUUAAGGCUCGAUCUGCUAGUAGAGGCGUGCCACAGCCUACGCGCGUUCAAGCUGUGGCAGCGCUUAUUUGGAAAUGUGGAAUGGUUGCAUCAACAUCAAAUCUUGGUGGCUUUACAAAGCCAUCUGUGUUGCGUCAAGUUGUCAACUUGCGUAAAAGAUUGAAACCUCCCCUGCCUGAGAACUCUGUCGGCUAUCUUGUAUCUUACUUCACUGUACAGACGCAGGAUAGUGAAAUGGAAUUGCAGGGCCUGGUUCAACAAUUAAAGAAUGGAAUCAGAGAAUUCAGUGAAAACUACGUGAAGAAACUUCAGGGGACUGAAGCAAUCUCAACAAUUUUUGAGGCUGCGAAGGAAGUAGGAAACUUGUCAAAAAGAUAUGAUAUUGAUUUCUACAACUGCCUCAGUUGGUGCGGAUUCGAUCUAUAUGAAGCUGAUUUUGGAUGGGGAAAACCCAUAUGGGUUAGCGUUGCCGGUGCAACAACCCCAAAUAUUUUCCUACUGAUGGAUACAAGGGACGGUGAGGGAAUAGAAGCAUGGGUGGCCUUGACUGAACCGGAAAUGGCCUUCUUUGAACAUAAUGAAGAGCUGCUUACAUUUGCUUCUGUGGAUCCUAGUGUUUCUAGCUGAGUUAUUCAUUCUUAAUUUCCAGUCUCCACCGCGAUUAUGAAUAAAAAAGUGUCACGGAAUGAUUUACUGUCACAAUUGUUACCUCUUUUAUAUAUUUAUCAAUUCGAAAUAAUCAUAAAAAAAAUUUCUUGUUAAAAUGAAGCUUGAAAACCCAUCAUGCCAUUCUCUAGAUUAUGAAAGUAAUGAUAUUCACUGUGAUUAAUCAUAUUGAUUUUAAGCAAAGAGGUUUUUGUCUAUACCCAAAAAAAGAAAAAAAAAAUGGAAGAAGAAGAAGCUUCUGCCUUGUAUGUUUUGUUUGUUUUAAGUCAUUAUUAAUGUAAUAUAUGAGAAUUCUAAUG